AUGUCCACAAAUAUAUAGUCCAGUCCAGCUGUGAAAAUGAGUUUUCCAGUUGGUAUGUUUACUAAUUCAUAUCUGUUUGGAUAAAGCGCUAAGAAUUUCAUGCUAGCAGCUGGGUUUUUCUUUGGAAUUACAGUUAUCAGAUAUUUGUUUAGAGCAAACAAGAGAUCAGAGUUCGAUUAUUACCCUCAUGAUAAAGUCAUCGAGAUUUGUAAAUUUUGCCAGAUUAUAAAGGAUCAGCAAUGCAAUCUGUAUAAUGACGAAGAUGUAAUGGCUUUCUCAGAUGGAGGUCCUCUUGCAAAAUAACACUUGCUCAUUGUGCCACAUAAACACAUUAGACAUAUAAAUACGAUAGAAAGCACUCCUGAAUCGCUAGCAUUAUUGAAAAAGAUGUAAAAAGUGGCUUUAGAUUUAUUAAAACAAAUUCAUCUUAAAGAAUUUGAGAAAUAGUAAGCCUUAUCAGACAAGCCAUUAGAGUUUAAAGAGGGCUAAUAUUUAUUGGGAUUUCACAGAUCCUUUGCUAUUAGUGUGGAUCACUUGCACAUGCAUGCUUUUGAGUUACCUUUUAAGAGCACAUUUAUAUAUUGGAGAAAAACUUGUUGGAUAUUCUUUAUGAAAAUAGAAGAUCUUAUUAGCUACAUUGAAAAGUAAAUAGAGAGAUAGUUAUAGAGAAAAGUAACCUUUUGA